AUGACCUUAAUCCUACAAACCCCAUAUGGUUUUCAUGGUAGUAAUCUUUAUGGGAGAAGAUCAGGAGAUCUUUCUCCCGCGGAGCCAUUGGGUACGUCUGUCACUAAUGUAACAGCUACUGAUGCUGAUGACCCAGUUUAUGGAAACAGUGCAAAGUUGGUUUAUAGUAUCUUGGAAGGGCAGCCUUAUUUUUCCAUUGAGCCUGAAACAGCUAUUAUAAAAACUGCCCUUCCUAACAUGGACAGAGAAGCCAAGGAGGAGUACCUGGUUGUUAUCCAAGCCAAAGAUAUGGGUGGGCACUCCGGUGGCCUGUCUGGAACCACAACACUUACAGUUACCCUUACCGAUGUUAAUGACAAUCCUCCGAAAUUUGCACAGAGUCUGUAUCAUUUCUCAGUACCAGAAGAUGUAGUUCUUGGCACUGCAAUAGGAAGGGUGAAAGCCAAUGAUCAGGACAUUGGUGAAAAUGCACAGUCAUCCUAUGACAUCAUUGAUGGAGAUGGAACAGCACUCUUUGAAAUCAGUUCUGAUGCUCAGGCCCAGGAUGGCAUUAUAAGACUAAGACGGCCUCUGGACUUUGAGACCAAAAAAUCCUAUACGCUGAAGGUGGAGGCAGCCAAUGUCCAUACUGACCCACGUUUCAGCAGCAGGGGGCCUUUUAAAGACACGGCAACAGUCAAGAUUGUGGUUGAGGAUUCCGAUGAACCCCCUGUCUUCUCUUCACCAACUUACCUCCUCGAAGUUCAUGAAAAUGCUGCUAUCAACUCUGUGAUUGGCCAAGUGACUGCUCGUGACCCUGAUAUUACUUCCAGCCCUAUAAGGUUCUCCAUCGACCGGCAUACGGACCUGGAGAGACAAUUCAACAUCAAUGCAGAUGAUGGGAAGAUAACUCUGGCAACACCACUUGACAGAGAAUUAAGUGUAUGGCACAACAUAACAAUCAUUGCUACUGAAAUUAGGAACCACAGUCAGAUAUCUCGAGUACCUGUUGCUAUUAAAGUGCUGGAUGUCAAUGACAACGCCCCUGAAUUCGCAUCCGAAUAUGAGGCAUUUUUAUGUGAAAAUGGAAAACCCGGCCAAGUAAAUAUCUCCAUGUUGUUAAUGCUGAAUAUGUUUGUAUACAAUUGUCUCAUAUUUGAUUAACCUGCAUUAUAAUGUGGAUUUGCAUCAUUUACAAUCUGCAAAGUCACAGGCAAGGCACACAUCCAAAUGGGAGCAGAGAAGGAAUAUUCUCUUUCCUUAGAUGUUAACUCUUUUCCUACUUAUGACCAAAUUGGCUCCUGAAGUGGAACAACCAUGAACUAAGAGCAAAAUAACUGUCUUAAAACAUCUGGGUAUAUGGAUGAUAGCAGGGAGGUCUUACAGAGAUGGGGCCUGAAUUGUGACUUUCAAAUUUCAGGGAGCAAGGGAACAACUCACAGGAAGGGAACAUUUGUUUUAUAUCAAAUGUAUGAAGUAACACAUACUAGUGGAACCCAAGACAACAAGUGGUGUAUAGGAAGUUGUAGGAAGUGAAUAUUGAAAUCUGUAGUAAUGUAGUUAUAUUUAGAUAAACAUAAGAUAGAAACACUUUUUAGGCAGGCAGGUAGAUCACUUAAUAAUUGUGUAUUGAUGCAGGGUGUUUUAUGCUUAUGUGUCCUCAUAGUAUGGACAGGGGUAAUAUGGACAAAGAGAAGAAAGAAAGUCAAUAGAAAGAAAGAAAGAAGGAAGGAAGUGUAGGUGGAAAGGAAGGAGGCAGGAAGGAAAGAAAAGAAGGAAUGGAGGGAAGGAGACAGAGGGAGGGAGAAAGGAAAGGAAGGAAGGCAUGGAGGAAGGGGAAGAGGGAGGGAGGGAGAGAGGGAGGGAAGGGAAGAUAAAACAAGCAAGAAAAAAGAAACCAGAAACCUGCUAUACUCUGAAUGUCAAAAUGGAAAUAGCCUCUGUAAAGUUCUACAAAAACACAAAUGUAAUAGAUUUAUUUUAACAAGGUGCCGAAGUACUGUAUGUUUAAGAAAUUUAUCGUUUUUCAACUUCCUAAUUUAUUUCUGGAUGGUGACAUUUUAAUUUAAAUAAACAGCAGCUGACAGCAUGACACUGGAGUUGUUAAUCCAACUAUUCUUGUGCCUCAUGUGGGUGUUAGGAAUUAAACUUACUAUUUGCCAAGCAGCUUACCUGACAAGAGUCAGAUUUUUUUUUUCCCUUCAAGAAGGAAAUAGCACUGUAGUUCUAUGCUUUUAUUUAAUCAUUACAAAAGAUCAAUGUGUUACCUCCCAGAAAACGAUGGGUAUUUUCCCCUAGACUACUCUCAUAUAUCUGAAGGAUUAAUAUUGUCUUCAUGUACCAGAAUAAGACAUACACACACAUACAAACACAAACCAAAAACCAAACUCAUUGCUGUCAAGUUGAUUCUGACUCAUAGCAACCCUCUAGGACCGAGUAGAACUGCCCCAUAGGAUUUCUAAGGCUGUAAAUCUUUACGGAAGCAGACUGCCACAUCUUUCAAACCACAGACCUUUCGGUUAACAGCUGAGCACUUAAUCACUGUGCCACCAG